AUGCUGUCGUCCGCAGUCUCCGGCGCCCAAGGGGACGCCAGCGACGUUGAGAAGAACGACCCGGUAGAGCACCACGGCCAGUACCAGCGCCACGGAAAGCUGGUCUCGAUGCUCAAGGUUGACGAUGGCGAGGUUUAUGAGAGCCACCCCGAGAAGAACCCAAAGUGGUACCAGAGGAUCCUCGACGUCGGCGUCGAGGAGAAUGGCAUUAAGCCGGUGCCGCUCGAGAAGAGAACGGACAAGCGGUUCUAUAACCUCUUCACUGUUAUGUUCACCGCUUUGAUGUGUUUGCUACCGUUACCUACCGGCAUGCUGGCGACCAUCUCCUUCGGAAUGGGCCUCCGUGACGCGGCGCUCGUGAUUCUCUUCUUCUCGCUCGUAACAGUAAUCCCGCCGGCCUUCAUGGGCAUCGGCGGGACGCGGACGGGUCUGCGGCAGCAGAUCCAAGCGCGGUACUCGUUCGGGCUGUACCUGGCGACGAUCCCGCUGCUGCUUAACGCGGCGACGGUGAUCGGGUUCUCGCUGGUGGCGGCCAUCGUGGGCGGGCAGGCGAUCGCGGCCAUCAACCCGUCCGGCGGCGUCAGCGACAACGUCGGCAUCGUGGUCGUGUGCCUGGUCAGCUUCGCCGCCUCGUUCAUGGGCUACCGCGCCCUGCACGUCUUCAACGCCUGGACCUGGAUCCCCAACCUCGUCUCCAUCGUCAUCGCCGUCGGCUGCGGCGGCAAGAACCUCCGCCUGCAGUCCGACGUCCCGCCCGCCUCGGCCCAGCAGGUCCUCUCCUACGGCGGGCUCAUCGCCGGCUACUUCCUCACGUUCGGCGGCACCGUCUCCGACUACUCCAUCUACCACGACCCGCGCGCCAUCAGGAAGCGCACCGUCUUCGCGAGCUACUACCUGGGCAUCCUCACGCCGUCCGUGCCGCUGCUGGUCCUGGGCGCGGCGAUCGGCGGCGCGGUGCCCAACGUGCCGGAGUGGAGCGCGGCGUACGAGAGCCUGGGGAUUGGCGGCGUCAUGGCCGAGAUGCUGGAGCCGGCGGGCGGGUUCGGCAAGUUCAUCCUGGUGCUGCUGGCGCUGAGCGUCAUCGGCAACAUCGCCAUCUCCAUGUACUCCGUGGCCCUGAACAUGCAGAUGCUGGUGCCCUGCUUCGCGCGCGUGCACCGCUUCCUCUUCAUCGUCGCCACCUUCGCCGUCAUGAUCCCCUGCUCCAUCGAGGCCGCCCGCGCCUGGGAGGAGAGCCUCGAGAACUUCCUCGCCCUCAUCGGGUACUGGGCCGGCUGCUUCACCGCCGUGCUCAUCGAGGAGCUGGUCAUCUUCCGCCGCAUGGACUACGCCUCCCUCGACCAUGCCAUCUGGAACGUGGGCAGGGAGCUGCCGACCGGGAUCCCUGCACUGCUGGCGAGCAUCAUCAGCUUUGCGCUGGUGGUGCCUGGCAUGGCCGAGGUAUGGUACACGGGGCCGAUUGCCGAGAAGACGGGCGACAUUGGGUUUGAAAUGGCGUUUGUGGUCACGGCGCUGUGCUACUUUCCCCUUCGGUGGCUUGAGAUUAGGUGGAGGGGACGGCUGUGA